GGUCACCAAGGAUGUGUUAAUUGUCUUCAGUGGAAUGAAGAUGGCAGCAUUUUAGCGAGUGGUUCUGACGACUGCUGUGUAAUACUGUGGAAUCCACACACAUACAAGAACCUUCUUACCCUGGCGACUGGUCACGCCGGUAACAUAUUCUCCGUAAAGUUUUUGCAAAAGCGAUUGCUUGCCACCGGCGCCGCAGACACAAAAGUUCGUGUUCAUGACAUUGAGAAGAAAAAGACUAUACAUGUAUUUGGCUGCCACUUCGGAAGAGUCAAGCGCCUGGAGACUAUAGAAGGUGAACCCUUUGUAUUUCUCUCAGCUGCUGAGGAUGGAGCAAUUCGUCAGUUUGACAUUCGGUGUCCCCACAAUGUAAGUAUUAUUUUUGUCCAUUUUUUGAGGAAUACUUGCUAG